AUGAGUGCUAUUUUGAGAGCAGAUGACUUGAAUGACUUCAUCAUGCCUGGUGUCGCUUGCAUAAAACCUGUUGAAAGCGGCAAGAAAGGAAGUGGGGAAGACUUAGAGAUUCAGAUAGAUUCUGAAGGAAAUGCUUUGGAAGUGACGAAAGAGGGCCACGAGAGGAAACUGGACAAGGCACAAAUUUCACUAAGUGACUGUCUAGCGUGUUCUGGUUGUAUAACCUCAGCGGAAGAGGUGUUGAUAGCCCAACAUUCUCACAAGGAACUACUCAAUGCAUUGGAAACUGAUGGCAAUCGCAAAGUCUUUGUGGCAAGCAUAUCUCAUCAAACGAGAGCAUCUCUAGCAUCUGCGUUUGACGUACAAAUUGAGGCUAUGGAUAAGGUUUUGAUUUACUUACUCAAGAACGUCAUGAAGUUCAAGUAUGUCAUAGGCACAGAAACCGGAAGGCGACUAUCCCAUAUAUUCACAACGUUAGACCUUCAAAAUAGGUCACCUCACUCAGAAAAACCUUUGAUAAACAGCACUUGUCCUGGAUGGGUACUAUAUGCGGAGAAAACUCAUCCGUUUAUACUUCCAAGAAUAUCUACCAUCAAAUCUACUCAACAAAUCACGGGUCAUUUACUCAAGAACAUAGUUUCAAAAGAUCUAGGGAUUGAAAAAAGUCAAAUAUACCAUUUAUCCGUCAUGCCUUGUUUUGACAAGAAGUUGGAAGCGGCAAGAGAUUCUGAUGUUCCUGAUGUUGAUUGCGUCAUUACUGCAAGGGAACUAGUGCAAGUGAUUGAAGAACUGAACAUUGAUUUACAAACUAUUUUAAAAGAAAGUGUAUUAGACAAUACCGAUAUUUAUUCUGUAUAUAGGAGCUCAAGUCCUCCCGGCUGGUACCAACCAGAACAAUCAUGGCUUAAUAACAAAGGAUCCGCCUCAGGUGGAUAUGCCAUGCAAUAUCUACUAGACGUUCAGCAGAGACACGCUGAUUCUGAAAUUAUAACAAUAGAGGGAAGAAAUUCAGAUAUUUAUGAGCAUCGAUUAGUUUUACGAGACGGCCAAGUAGUAGCGUCAAGUGCGGUAGUCAAUGGGUUCAGAAAUAUUCAAAACCUGAUAAGAAAGCUUAAACCAAACCAUAAAGCCACGGGAGGAGGAAUUAGUGCAAGAAGAAGAAGCAGAAAGCUGAAAGAAGACCAGACUGGGGAUCAAGGCCAGUCGAAUGCGGUGGUAGAUCCUUCCAAAUGUGACUACGUUGAAAUCAUGGCGUGUCCUGGGGGGUGUAUCAAUGGAGGGGGACAGAUUGCGGCCCCUGCUGACCAGAAUUCGAAAGACUGGAUUAAUAAAGCCACAACUAAGUACUAUAACGUUCCAGACACUGAAUACUCUGACAUCCAACUUUACGAUUGGGUGAAACAAACAGUUUUAUCGUACGACAUCGAAAUGGAUAGACUUAUCCAUACCACAUUCAAGCAGAUUGAACGACCCACAGAUACCACUUCCAUAGCCCUCGGAUCGACUUGGUGA